UCUGUAUCACCGUUUAAGAAGCAACCCAUCUAGCAAUUUUUUCAAGUGAAGACGGCGAUGUCGUUGAUCCCAAGUUUUUUCAGCGGCCGGCGGAGCAACGUGUUCGAUCCAUUGUCUUUGGAUAUAUGGGAUCCAUUAGAAAUGAUGCAGUUUCCAGGGACUCUGGCGAACACCCCAUCCUCCGGGGAAACGACGGCAAUUGCAAACACUCGAAUAGAUUGGAAAGAGACGCCGGAGGCUCACAUACUGAAGGCGGAUCUGCCGGGGCUGAAGAAGGAGGAAGUGAAAGUGGAGGUUGAGGAAGGGAGAGUUGUGCAGAUAAGUGGGGAGAGGAGCAAAGAAGAGGAGGAGAGGAAUGAGAAAUGGCACAGAGUGGAGCGGAGCAUGGGGAAGUUUAUGCGGCGGUUCCGGCUGCCGGAGAAUGCGAAAAUGGAUGAGAUUAAGGCGAAUAUGGAGAAUGGAGUGUUGACUGUGACGGUGCCUAAACAGGAGGAGAGGAAGCCACAAGUUAAGGCCAUCGAUAUCGCGGGAUAGAGUUGUUGUUGCGCAGUGGCUUUGGUAAAUGUCAAAUAAAGAAGGCUUUCGCGUGUGUUUGUGUAAUGUAAAUAUGGAGUAACUGCUGUUUGUUUGUUCCUUUUUUUCUGGUUUUCUGGUGCUUCAAGAAACUAAAAAACAAUCUUGUAUCAGAUAUGAUAAAGCUUAUAUAUGUUUAUUAACUUUUUAUUUUUUAUG